AUGACAAAGAAGAUACUGGAAUGGAAACCUGCUUUAACUAAAGAAUUGGAUAAAAAUGGGUGGUCUCCCCUUCACUUUGCUGCAUAUGUGGGUUGUCAUCCAAAAAUGGUGAGGCAAUUGCUAGAGGAAUGUGACAGCAGAGUUGUCCACCUAGGCGUCAAAGACCAUGGAAACAAGACAGUUCUUCACAUUGCAGCAAGCCGAGGCCAUGCAGGCGUAGUGAAAGAGCUGGCGUCACACUUUCCAGAUUUUUGCGAGAAAGUUGAUGAUGAGGGCAAUAAUGUUCUUCAUUUUAUAAUGCCAAAUAAAAUAUUUAUAACUUCGGGUUUGUCAAAUAUUCCCCCGUUAAGGAUGAGAGGACUCAUGAACGAGAAGAAUGCUGAAGGAAAGACGCCCCUCUACCUGUUUCACAAUUCUCCCUUGUCUAAAGAUGUCGACUACUUCCCACCUCCGGAGAGGAUGUUCACGUGGAUAUUGGACACCUUCAGACGGAGUCCAAGUUUCAGAGUUGGGAUCAGACCCUUGGGUUCGCUAGAGGUCAAGAAAGACAUGGAUAGCAGCGAAUGCAAAGGAAGCGAAGAAAUAUCUGAAAGCAAAGAAAGUGAAGAAAGUAAAGAAAUAUCUGAAAUUAAGAAAACAAUGAAAAGCCAUAUGAUAGUGGCGGCACUCAUAGCAACUGUAACCUUCACGGCAGGUUUCACACUUUCUGGUGGUUACAUUCCGGACAAGGGCGUUACCCAGGGCAUGGCAGUCUUAUCGCUCCCAACAGAUGGCACCCUGGGCAAGGACGGAGACAUGGCAAGUGCAGCAACGGAAAAUUUCAGAAAUUUUGUCAUGGAAGAUAGCAUAGCCAUGGUACUUUCUAUGUGUGCAAUUGGUAUUUACUUCCUUGCCUCUUUCCCCAUAGAAAAUAAGAAGACCGUCCACGCAUACUUAUUGUACGGCUAUGUUCUCACCUUGGCUGCGAUGGCUGUAAUGGUGACAGCAUUCGUUGACGGGCUGCAAGCUGUGCUACAUCCUUCUUCAUCGCUUGAAGUUACCACCAAAUACAUGAUUGUAGUCUUCUUGCUUUUCCUUUUUGUUCCAGCUUUUCCUUUAUUGGUAACCAUCAGUCGGGAUUUUGCAUGGAAAAAAUUUGUGAGUCUUUGA